AUGAAGUUGUUUUACCUACUAACGUGGACUAUUCUCGCUAAGUCUGCAUUUUCUUGGGACACUGAUGAUUUAGAGCUUUUUGAUUUAGUAGAGGAAGUAAACCAAAAUUUCUACGAUGUUUUAGGGGUCCCUUCGACAGCUUCGUCCUCCGAGAUCCGGAAAGCAUACCGACGUCUUUCACUCACUCUUCAUCCUGACAAAAGCAAAGAGGAAAAUGCUGAAGUUAAAUUUAGACAAUUGGUUGGUAUAUAUGAAACUCUUAAAGAUGAAGAAAAAAGAAAAAGGUAUCACUUAGUUUUAGAGAAUGGCUUGCCUGACUGGCGGCAGCCGAUCUUUUACUACCGUCGUGUUCGUAAGAUGGGACUGUUGGAGUUCUUUGUAGUUAUUUUCGUUAUCACAACAGUGGGCCAGUAUAUUGUAAUGUGGGCGGUGUAUGCAGAGAAGAAAUUCACAUUGUCUGAAAACUUUGGCGAAAUGAGGGAAAAAGCAAAAAGUAAAAACAGAAAAGCACGUCAACAAUUAGAGGAUAAAAUAGACACUCUACUGGAAGCUAGAUUGGAGGCCGUGCCUCGCCCUCGUAUAUCACAACUAUGGCCGGUUGUAUUAACCAUAUUCACUGUGAUAUCAGUUGUCAAUAUUCCAAAAAAUUUGAAGAAGAGGAGGGAAGAAAGAGAAGAGAGGAGGAGGCAGGAAGAAGAGGAAGCAAGAAUGAGAGAAGAGGAAGAACUUCUGGAAAAAGAAGAGAAAUCUAAGCCUCGGUGUGAUGCAGGAUUGAAUCCAAAAACAAUCAAAAUAGCGGAGGGAGAGGCAGUUGUAUACAAUAAUGUCAUCAAACAUUCAGGUGAUAAAGAUCGGGAAUACAAACAGGUCAAGAGUGGGGAAUGGACAGAUGAAGAGGUGGCAAAACUUGCAAAGGCUGCCAACAAAUUCCCUGGAGGUACCCCCAACAGAUGGCAGAAAAUAGCGGACCUUGUGGGGAGGCCCACUGAGGAGGUAAUUGCCAGGUGCCAAAAGAUGAAGGACAGUCAUGCUAUGACAUUAUCUACAUCAGUGCAAGGGGGAGUGGGAAAAGCUAAGAAAUCUCAGGUUAUAUCAGAUGACAUCAUAUCUCAAAAGUCAGUUGAAAGUGGUGACAGUCAACAAGAAAAGCAAGCAUCUCAAAAUGGUGAUAUACAACUCAGAAAAAGAAGCAAAGCUUCCAAAAAGACAGUAGAUAGAACAUUGAUGAUAUCUGAUGUAGAAACACUAAAGAGUUCUUCUAAGGGGGAUAACUCUACCUCAGAAGAAGGAGCUUCCUGUGAUAAUACUCAAGACAUUUUAAAACUUACUGAUGAAUCUGAUGGUUGGAAUAAAAACCAGCAGACAAUUCUAGAAUGGGCAUUGAGACAACACCCAAAAGGAACAGACCAAAGAUGGGAGAAAAUAGCAGAUCAUAUUCCAGGAAAAUCAAAGGAGGAUUGUAUAUCCAGAUAUAAGUACCUAGCAGAACUAGUGAAGAGGAAGAAAGAACAGACAGGAAAGAAAGACUGAAGACAUAAAUCUGAAUCAUAUUUUUCUCACAAAAAAAUUCAAUUGUGCUGUGAACACUGCCUUCUGUUUGGGAGUUAAUGAAAGAUCAGAACAUGAUGUAAACAAUGCCCAGUUGCACAUUUAAAACCAUAGGUCAGCUCACAGACUGUGGACUGAGUAUACAUGUACUUAAAAAUCCAAAGAAAAUUCAUGCAUUAAAAUUAGUCAGUAAAUAGGCACAUCUUACAUAUAUUUUGAUGUACUGUAUGGAUUCUUAUUGAAGAAUUAAAGUAAGCAUGGAAGCUUACAAAAUAUUUAAAAAAACUAUAUUUAGAUAUCAUGCAAAAGUAGCUGUCAUUCAGUUACAGAACAAUCAUUGUUUUAAAUAUAGAUACAAGAUUUUGUCAUCUCUAUAUUGAGACUUAAUUGUUAAGCUUAGAGAGUGUGCUUCAUAGGAUUAUUGUACUUGCCAAAUUUAUUUUUACAAAUUUCUAAAGAAGGAUAGUUGUUUUUAGAUUUUUUAACAGCAAUUUUUUAAUAAACUUGUUCGAAAAA